GCCGGACGGAGCGCGGGGGGCGCCGGGCCCGGCGCGGCCUCAGACUUUGGUCUUGAGUAACUUCCUAUGCAGAUGGGAGCAGUGAUCUCUACUUGCAGAACUCAUUACUGAAGAUCUUCAUGUAACUGGCUGAAAAAUGUUUCUGCAAGAUGACAGCACCGACUCUAAGACUGUUGGAAUGGAGACUCUCUUCACUUUGACAUGAAGUGUGAAGUUUGUUAGUCACCACUUUUGUUUCUUUUUUACAGUUAUUGUGGAAGGUUCCAAAUGGUGUGGGUUUUUAUCAUGAACCGGAUGAGCUCCCAGAGCAGCUCAUCUGCCCAGCGCAGGCGAAUGGCUCUAGGAAUUGUCAUUCUCCUCCUGGUUGAUGUCAUCUGGGUGGCCUCUUCAGAGCUCACUUCUUAUGUUUUUACAAGGUACAACAAACCCUUUUUCAGUACAUUUGCAAAAACAUCCAUGUUUGUUCUGUACCUCCUGGGGUUUAUUGUUUGGAAGCCGUGGAGGCAACAGUGCACUCGUGGGUUUCGUGGAAGGCAUGCAGCUUUUUUUGCAGAUGCUGAAGGUUAUUUUGCUGCUUGUACAACAGAUACCACUGUGAACAGUUCUCUGAGUGAACCUUUAUAUGUUCCUGUAAAGUUUCAUGAUUUGCCAACUGAAAAAAAUGGCAGUAAUAGUAGUGAUGCAGAGAAAACCCCCAAGAAGCCUCGUGUGAGGUUCAGCAACAUCAUGGAGAUCCGGCAGCUGCCAUCGAGCCAUGCUUUGGAGGCAAAGCUGUCCCGCAUGUCCUACCCAACAGUGAAGGAGCAGGAAUCCAUCCUAAAAACUGUGGGAAAGCUCACUGCAAGCCAAGUAGCAAAAAUCAGCUUUUUCUUUUGCUUCGUGUGGUUCUUGGCAAAUUUCUCAUACCAAGAAGCUCUGUCAGAUACCCAAGUUGCCAUAGUUAAUAUCUUGUCAUCAACCUCUGGCCUUUUUACAUUAAUUUUAGCUGCAGUCUUUCCCAGCAACAGUGGAGAUCGGUUUACCCUGUCCAAAUUAUUGGCUGUUAUUUUAAGCAUUGGUGGUGUGGUACUUGUUAACCUUUCUGGAUCUGAAAAAUCUGCUGGAAAAGAUACAAUAGGUUCCAUUUGGUCUCUUGUAGGAGCAAUGCUCUAUGCUGUCUACAUAGUCAUGAUAAAAAGGAAAGUGGAUAGAGAAGAUAAACUUGACAUACCAAUGUUCUUUGGUUUUGUAGGACUGUUUAAUCUGUUGCUGCUGUGGCCAGGGUUCUUCCUGCUUCACUAUACUGGGUUUGAAGCAUUUGAGUUUCCCAAUAAACUGAUAUGGAUGUGCAUUGUCAUAAAUGGCCUUAUUGGAACAGUUUUGUCAGAGUUCCUCUGGCUGUGGGGCUGCUUUCUUACCUCAUCACUGAUAGGCACACUUGCCCUAAGCCUUACAAUACCUCUGUCCAUAAUAGCUGACAUGUGCAUGCAAAAGGUGCAGUUUUCCUGGUUAUUUUUUGCAGGAGCAGUACCUGUAUUUUUUUCAUUUUUCAUUGCAACUCUCUUGUGUCACUAUAACAACUGGGAUCCAGUGAUGGUGGGGAUCAGAAGAAUUUUUGCCUUUAUUUGUAGAAAACAUCGAAUUCAGAGAAUGCCAGAAGAAAGUGAGCAGUGUGAAAGCCUCAUCCCUAUGCAUAGUGUUUCACAGGAUGGAGAUGGCUGCUGUUCAUAGACAAAAGUUUAAAAAUGGAACGAUGCCCAGCAAAGAGACAAUCUUCUGGAAAAGUCCCUAAGGAAUCAUGUUUCAGUGCCUAUUCUGAAUUUGUAGUAAAAAUAGAAGUUUCAGUUCUUUUGAAACUCUAAACUUUUUCUCUUUCUUGCUUUCAUCUGAUUUUAUAAAUGAACAGAUCUACUACAUGCCUGUCACCGUGGGAGUCUUAGUCCAUCUGAGCAACCAACCUGCCUUAUGACACUUGAGCUGGUGACAUUACUUGACAAAAUCAAGAAAGCAAAUGCUGUUAAGUGAUUUCUUUCUUUUUUUAAGUCACAAUUUUGUUAAAUGCUGGACAAUAUUAUUUUUAAAAGAUACUUUAAAGUGAGUUAUGUAAAUAAGUUUGCAGGUCAUCAAGUCUUACAGGCUUUCAGAUGAAAAGCUAAAUAGAUAUGUUACCUGUAGUAGGUACAGAUUAAAUUUUUUAUGUUGUAUAAACUAUUUGCAUAUUAAUAGAUGAAAAUAGAAAAAUAACUUAUUAAGUGCAUUCCUGUAAUUCCUGAGGCAGGAUCUUUGUAUGGUCCUGGAACACUACAUUUACAAUGUCUUAGGCCAUUUUGUGUAGCCUUGUCAUGGCAAUGGGUGCUGAUGUUUAAAAAUCAAAAAAACUGCCCAAUAAUCAGGAAUGCUUAAAAUUUCCGUGAGUGGUUAAAUAUUUCUAAUUACAAUACAUUUGAGUAUACAUUCUUAUACAUGGUUUAAAACAGACUGGUUCUGUAACCCAUUCUCAGUCUCAGUUGUCUCUCAGACUUGGAAAUUUUCAGGUGUAGCUGCCACACUGUGAAAGAGAUCAAAUUAAUUGUGAAAGUUUUCAAUCAGUGGGUCGGCACUACACUAAUCUGCUAAGCAAUAUGAAGAGGAAAGGUGUUUGCAUUGAUUUUUCUUUUCCCCCCAGCUGUAUUAAUAAAUUUAUUCUAAAACUGAUAAUUACCUUCCUUCCGCUACAGUGUUUAAUCCUUUUGAAUCCAGAGAAGCUAUUUUAAUUAUAUUCAGGAAUAUUUGAAAUUAAUCAAUGCUAGUUUUCAGCUCCUGGCCUAUAAGACACUUAGAUCAAAGUUAAUUUUGGCUUUUGAUGGACUUGAGUUUUUUUAUAAUGAAUGUGAGAUGGAUUUUUUAGCCAGGAGUAUUUUCUUCCACAUAACAAGGUUAUUAAUAAUGUAAGGUAUUUCUACUGUCCCUCCACACAAAUACAGAAGGAUGACAUAGCAGAAAUGCCUUUUUGUGUUUUGGCACUCAGUAAUGAUCCUUCCAAAAGCAAUUUUGGUGUUUUGGUAAUAAAACUAUUAUUUAAGAAGUAAUGCAGGAAAGCAACAUGCUUAAGUUCUACAUUUAUAGAAGAAUUCGAGCCAGCAGCUGGAAUUUAAUAUAAGAAAUGUGUGUAGAGUAGGAAGACAAAAUGAACCUGGGGCUAUUCUGUUCAAGUAUUUAACCUUCAUCAAGUUUUUCCUUCUUGUUUUUAAUACUGGAUUGCACUACGAACUUUGGAGAUCUGAGGCAUGUCUUUAAGAUGAGAUAGUAAGUCCUUCCUGGACCCUAAAUAAGAAUUAAAAAAUACCCAAAACCAACCACAACAAAAUCACAAACCCAAAAGAAACAAGAAAGUCAAUUAAAUUUCAGAGUUCAAUUUCUAAACCCCACAAGUAGAGGGGUAAAAAAUGCAGUAUGUUGAACUAAUUUUAUUUUGGUCGAAUUUUCAGGCAUUUCUUGAUCAGUGGGGUUUCCUUAGAUCUUGGAUUUGUCCUUCAAAAUUAUGACAAAUUUAGAGGAUGUUUACUUUAAUCUUUUUUCAAAAAGUAUUGUUAAUGCCUACUUACAAUAAAAAAGUCUAUUUUCAGUUAAUUAAAUGUUUCAAUGAGAUGGUGCAGAAUAUUUGAUACCAGGCAUUAACUCCAAAUUUGAAUCAGCUGGGACUUGUGGCAUCUGUGCAUUAAGCCUGGGAAAACCAAGUUUGCUUUCAGAUGGGCAAUGACAGUAUUUGUAGCAAAAUUUUCUGUGACUUUUUUGCAAUUGGUCAUGCAAACAGAAUUGGAU